AUGACGUCAUCGUCACCAUCGCGAUCGUUGCCGUACAACGAUGACGUUUCCAUGGAGAUGAUAGUUGACGACAUAGUGAUGAGAAUCAAUGAUGUCAUGAACAGAACGGCUGUUGGCGAUGACGUCGAUGAUGAUAUCAAGAAAGCGCACAUUAAAAAUCUCCAAAAGAAAGUCAGAUCUUUGAAAGAGCAGUUGAUUUUGAAGGAAACUCAAUCGGAGAUGUUGAAAGAGAAAGUGAGAGUGAUGGAAGACCGCAUGAUGCACCUGGAAAUGAAACUGAGCAACGACGAUGACGUCACUAGAAACGAUAAAUUGGCGAAGAUAAUUGAGAAGUACAGGAUUGAAUUGAAUGAGGCCCACCUGGAGUUAAGGCAAUUAAGGAGCAGAGUUGUAGAAACUACCAAUUUGAAGACCGACAGCUUGGAGAGAGAGGAAGAGAUAAAGAGAUUGGAAAUGAGGUUGCGCCAACAAGAGAACAGGAACAGGAAACAGCAGCAACAAAUUGACGACAGAUUGUUGUUCGAGUUACGUCAGUUGCUCUCGAGAAUGCUGGGCAUUUCGUACGAUACAUCAGUAGCUGUUGACUUCGAGAUCAUAUCUCGUUUGGAGAAGUUGAUAGUGGCAACCUACAACAACCCGGAACUCAUGAGCAACUCUUUUGUCAUCGAUCCCUCAAACUCUAUUGGUCUAGCGGAAGAAUUUAGGAGGGGUUAUAACUCUGUGAUGGACGAGCAACCAGCCAAUCACCGGCCGAGGUCUUAUAGAGUUGGUCACGUCAACUCGUCUGGCUAUGGAAGAAUGAAUGAAGUUAAAUCAAGGUCAAGGUCGUUGUCCCCACAUAAAAAGAUCGACCCUAAUGUUUACUGA